AUGGGUUCCUCCCCCCGCCUCGGCGCCCUCGGGCACACCUUCACCGCCAUGCGCGCCAUGCAGUUCCUCUCCCUCGUCUCCAUCAUCGGCAUGGUCGCCAACUUCAUCUCCGAGAUCAACGGCGCAGACGCCGUCUCGCCCCCCGUCCUCGUCGGCACUCUUGUCAUUUCAUGCAUCGCCACACUCUACAUCUCCAUCACCUACAUCCUCUACUACGACAACAUGCUCCCCCUCCUCCUCGCUGCUGCCGCCGACUCGGCCCUCCUCAUCGCCGUCAUUGUUGUCGCCUGCCUCCUCGGCAAGCCCCUCUCGUACCUUAAUUGUGCCGCCCUGCCACCAAAGUCCGGCAGCACCGCCAGCUUCAUGGCCUCCGUCACGGCCAACAUCAAGGCGGGCUCCGUCCUCAACUACUUUGUCUGGGUCGGCGCCGAUCAGCCCACCUGCUACGCCAUCAAGGCCGUCUGGGGCCUGUCCAUCGCCCUCUGCGUGCUCUUGGCCUUCAGCGCCAUCACCGCCGUCUGUCUUUGGCGCCGCCUGAAGCUCGCCCCUGCCGCCCCCAAGGACAUUGAGGGAUGA